AUGCACUGUGUUCGAUCUUUUAUAGCAGUGAUAAGGCAGAAUCGUGAUAUAGUAAUACCCUCCCAAAAACUAUUUAACGUGAAAAGAUAUAACUUUCAACAACCGCGAUGCAAUUUCUCUCUAAAAAACGAAGAAGACGCAGACCAAAUAGUAGAAGAUAUAUGCAAAGGUGAUACAGACCUUGAAAAAAAAUUAAGGAUAUUAAUGUUAGAAGUGGAAGUGAUGCGUCAGGAUGGCCGGUAUGCUCCAGAUCGUAUACGGAAUGAUCAGUGGGUGCAUUUACUAGAAUUACAAAGCAAAAGCCAAAGAACAAAUUAUCUAAGAUAUUUAUUUAAGACAGAAAAGGCAAAAGAAAACUUUAAGGCUAAGAAGGAAGCUAAGCGGAUUGAAAAUCCUGUAAUUAAACCUGAAGAUGUGAAGGAAAAUGAAGAUGAUCUUUUGUAUGGCAUUCAACACCAGUCAUUGUUCCUCCGCAUACGAGAUCAGUCAAUUAAUCAGUUUGACAACUAUCGAGCUCUACAGGCUAUGAUUUACGGACAAGGAUUAGUUAUCGACUGCUCAUAUGAUGAUGACAUGGUGUACAAAGAGACUUUGAAUGCUGCGAAACAACUAACUUUUGUUUUUGGUGAUAACAGAAUUCACAAACAACCCUUCAAUAUACACUUCUGUAACUUAAAUAUGGAAGGGGCUUUUAUGCAACAGUUACGUAAAAACAUACCUUCGCUGGACGAGCCUUGGUUUCCAAUUAACUUGCAUACUAAAAGUUAUCUUGAUGUCUUUCCAAGAGAGAAGUUGGUGUACCUAACACCACAUUGUCGGGAAGAACUAACACACUUUGAUCAUGAUGCAGUGUACAUUGUUGGGUGCAUGGUUGAUAAGAUGAAUAAUGAACCAUUAUCACUGGUAAGGGCUAAAAGAGAUGGUUUGAAAAUGGCAAAGCUACCUCUCGACAGGUAUCUAGAAUGGGCACCAGGUUCGAAGAAAAACCUCAACAUAAAUCAUAUGGUACCGAUUUUACUAGAUUUAAAACUGACAUCUGACUGGGAAUUUGCAUUGCGACACAUUCCUAGAAGAAAACUCAUGGAAACUAAAAUAAAAGCUAUGGAAAAGAGAUGGCAAAAUAAUCCUGAAAAGAGGGAUAAUUUGAUAAAUGCCUUUAAAGGUAAAUCAAAUAAUUUUACUAAAAAGAAAUUUAAUACUUUACUUUUCAGAGAAAAGAGAAUGAACAAUAAAGAAUAUAACUUUAAAUCUAAAAGGUCCUUAUAUGACGAUGAAAAUAUAUAA